ACAUGGCGGUGGAGUCCUGAGCUCUUCGUGUCCCGGCCUCCAGCGGCGACGACGGCGACGGCGACGGCAGCGGGAGGCGGAGGGGGAGCGAGAGCCACUGAGAUGAGGAGGCGCCGCGCGCGCCUGUAGCUCGCGGGCCUCGCAGUUUGCUUGCCUAAACUGGAUUUGGAGCUUUUCAAACUUCUGAAGAUCUGCCAUUUUACAUUACAAUUGGAAAGAACCAAGUUUUCAAAUAAUGGAAGAGUCCAAGACCUCUAAAAAUGAAAAUCAUGAACCAAAGAAGAAUGUUAUUUGUGAAGAAAGCAAAACAGUUAAAGUUAUAACUAAUCAAACUUUGAAAGGUAGAAAUGAUAAAUCUAUAAAAGAAAUUGGGACCAGUUCUCCAAACAGGAAUAGUAAUAAAAAAACUAAGCAAAAUGAUAUUUGUAUAGAAAAAACAGAUAUUAAAUCAUGUAAAAUAAAUGCUACCAAUGUUUCAAGCCCUAAAGAUUUGGGAUUAGUCCUUCGAGAUCAAAGUCAUUGUAAAGCAAAAAAAUUACCAAAUUCACCCGUAAAAGCCGAGAAGUCAUCCAUUUCACAGGCAAAAUUAGAAAAGGUAUCCACUUUACAGACAAAAGCAGAAAAAUUACCAAAGUCACCUAAUUUACCAGUGAAGGCAGAAAAAGCACUCUGUUCACCUGUAGCAACAGUAGCAGCAAAGGCACUUAGUUCACAGAAGAAAGAAGAAAAAGCACCCACUUCUCAGAUGAAAUCGGAGAAAGUGUUCAGUUCACCAGCAGAACCAGAAAAGGUAUCCAGUUUACUAUUGAAAGAAAACAUAAAGCAGGCAGAAUUACAGCAGGUUGGAAAAAAAGUUCCAAGUUCUUUUACUCCUGUGGACAAAGUAAAUACUGAAGUUGUACAGGGCGAAAAAUCUCUGGAUACUGUGCUACAAUCUCAGAAGCUGCAAACACGGACAGAUAAUACUGGUGAUUCUGAUGAUAGUACUUCAGGAAUGGAAGACAUAUCAGAUGAUUUGAGUAAAAUGAAGAUUGAUGAAGCUAAUAAAGAAAAUUCUUCAGAGAUGGACUAUUUAGAAAAUGCUACUGUGAUAGAUGAAUCUACAUUGACACCUGAGCAGAGGCUAGGCUUGAAACAAGCUGAAGAACGCCUAGAAAGAGAUCACAUCUUUCGACUUGAAAAACGAUCACCAGAAUAUACCAAUUGUCGUUAUCUAUGCAAACUUUGCUUAAUUCAUAUUGAAAACAUCCAGGGAGCACAUAAACAUAUAAAGGAGAAACGACAUAAGAAAAAUAUUUUGGAAAAACAAGAAGAAAGUGAGCUUCGUUCUCUUCCACCUCCGUCCCCUGCUCAUUUGGCUGCUUUAAGUAUUGCAGUUGUUGAAUUAGCAAAAGAACAAGGAAUAACAGAUGAUGACCUCAGAGUCCGUCAGGAAAUUGUGGAGGAAAUGUCAAAGGUUAUAAUAACAUUUUUACCAGAAUGUUCCCUUAGGUUGUAUGGCUCUUCUCUGACUAAGUUUGCUUUGAAAAGUAGUGAUGUUAAUAUAGAUAUAAAAUUUCCUUCCAAGAUGAAUCAUCCAGACCUUCUGAUACAAGUGCUUGGAAUUUUGAAAAAAAGUGUAUUAUAUAUAGAUGUGGAAUCUGACUUUCAUGCUAAAGUUCCUGUUGUGGUGUGCAAGGAUCGCAAAAGUGGUUUACUUUGUAGAGUGAGUGCAGGAAAUGAUAUGGCAUGUCUCACUACUGAUUUACUUGCUGCUCUUGGCAAAAUGGAACCUGUCUUUACUCCAUUGGUGUUAGCCUUUCGCUAUUGGGCUAAGUUGUGCUAUAUUGACUCCCAAACUGAUGGUGGAAUCCCGUCUUACUGUUUUGCUUUAAUGGUGAUGUUCUUUUUACAACAAAGAAAACCCCCUCUUCUUCCUUGCUUACUUGGAAGUUGGAUUGAAGGCUUUGACCCCAAAAGAAUGGAUGACUUUCAGCUGAAAGGCAUAGUAGAAGACAAAUUUGUGAAAUGGGAAUAUAAUUCAAGUAGUGCAACUGAGAAAAACUCAAUUACUGAUGAAAACAAAGCUAAGGCAGAACAACCAAAAGAUGAUACCAAGAAGACAGAAACAGACAACCAAAGUUACGCCAUGAAGGAAAAACAUGGCAAAUCUCCUUUAACAUUGGAAAUACCAAAUCAGGUAUCCUUGGGACAGUUAUGGCUAGAGCUGCUAAAAUUUUACACACUGGAUUUUGCUUUGGAGGAAUAUGUCAUAUGUGUACGAAUACAAGAUAUUAUAACAAGAGAGAAUAAAAACUGGCCUAAAAGACGAAUAGCCAUUGAAGAUCCAUUUUCUGUCAAGAGGAAUGUUGCACGAAGCUUAAACAGCCAGCUUGUUUACGAAUACGUUGUGGAGAGAUUCAGGGCAGCUUAUCGGUAUUUUGCCUGUCCUCAGAGAAAGGGUGGAAAUAAGUCUACAGUGGAUUUCAAGAAAAAAGAGAAAGGGAAAAUAAGCAAUAAGAAACCAGUGAAGUCUGACAGUAUGGCAACCAACUGUUGCAUUCUGCUUGGGGAAAGCACAGAAAAAAUACAUACAGAAAGAGGUCAACCUGAUAAAUAUGAUGAAAUGGAAAGUACAUCACAGAGAUGUAACAUUGACAAUGACAAUUUAUUGGGAAAUGAACGAAGUUUGCCUGACCAUGAACAGGAAUCUUCUCUUUCUACUGUCAGCAAAAACAGUGAAUUGGAGCCAAAAUCAGAAACUUUAAAGAAGGAGCUCAGCCAGUGUAAUUGCAGUGGGUCCCCUGACCCAGACAAAUCUACUACAGUGGACUGCAGGUCAAAUUUAGAAACAAAGAGUUCACAUCAGAUUGUAUGCACCGACAUAACUACUACCUCUUGCAACUGCAAAGCUACAGAAGUUACUUUUGACCUUAAUGAUGAUGAUAAUCACCCCUCCCAGGAAUUACAUUAUGUAUUUGAUAAGUUUAUUUUAACCUCUGGCAAGCCACCAACGAUAGUAUGCAGUAUCUGCAAAAAGGAUGGUCAUUCAAAAAAUGAUUGCCCAGAAGAUUUCAGGAAAAUUGACUUAAAACCUCUACCACCAAUGACAAACCGAUUUCGGGAAAUACUUGAUUUAGUAUGUAAAAGAUGUUUUGAUGAAUUAUCACCACCGUUUUCUGAACAACACAACAGGGAACAAAUUUUAAUUGGCUUGGAAAAAUUUAUUCAAAGAGAAUAUGAUGAAAAGGCAAGACUGUGCUUAUUUGGCUCUUCAAAGAAUGGAUUUGGAUUUCGUGAUAGUGAUCUUGAUAUUUGUAUGACCUUGGAAGGCCAUGAAAAUGCAGAGAAAUUAAAUUGUAAAGAAAUAAUUGAAAAUUUGGCGAAAAUUCUUAAGAGACAUCCAGGUUUAAGGAACAUUUUGCCUAUAACUACUGCCAAAGUGCCUAUAGUAAAAUUUGAACACAGACGAAGUGGGCUAGAAGGUGAUAUCAGUUUAUAUAAUACAUUGGCUCAACAUAACACCAGAAUGUUAGCUACUUAUGCAGCUAUUGAUCCUAGAGUGCAGUACUUGGGAUAUACUAUGAAAGUGUUUGCUAAGCGAUGUGACAUUGGAGAUGCUUCCAGGGGAAGUUUAUCUUCAUAUGCAUAUAUCCUUAUGGUGCUGUACUUUCUGCAGCAGAGAAAACCACCUGUUAUCCCAGUUCUACAAGAGAUCUUUGAUGGGAAACAGAUUCCACAGAGAAUGGUUGAUGGAUGGAAUGCUUUUUUCUUUGACAAAACAGAAGAACUGAAAAAGCGUUUGCCAUCACUUGGAAAGAAUACAGAGUCAUUAGGAGAGCUUUGGUUGGGACUGCUUCGCUUCUAUACUGAAGAGUUUGAUUUUAAGGAAUAUGUAAUUAGCAUUCGACAAAAAAAGCUGUUGACAACUUUUGAAAAACAGUGGACAUCUAAAUGCAUUGCGAUUGAAGAUCCCUUUGACUUGAAUCACAAUCUUGGUGCUGGAGUUUCUAGAAAAAUGACCAAUUUUAUUAUGAAGGCAUUUAUCAAUGGAAGAAAACUUUUUGGUACCCCAUUUUAUCCACUCAUUGGCAGAGAAGCUGAAUACUUCUUCGAUUCUAGAGUGUUAACAGAUGGAGAACUGGCUCCCAAUGAUCGAUGCUGUCGUGUAUGUGGAAAAAUAGGCCAUUACAUGAAAGACUGUCCCAAAAGGAAGAGCAGUUUACUGUUUAGACUAAAGAAGAAAGACAGUGAAGAAGAAAAGGAAGGGAAUGAAGAAGAGAAAGACUCCCGAGACCUUCUUGACUCACGUGACCCUCGAGAUCUCAGAUGUUUUAUAUGUGGAGAUGCAGGACAUAUACGCAGGGAGUGCCCAGAGGUGAAGCUGGCCCGCCAGAGGAAUAGCAGUGUGGCAGCAGCCCAAUUGGUCCGCAACCUUGUGAAUGCCCAACAGGUGGCUGGUUCAGCUCAGCAACAGGGUGAACAGUCCAUGAGGACUAGACAGUCCUCAGAAUGUUCUGAUUCACCAUCUUAUUCUCCUCAGCCCCAGCCAUUUCCACAAAAUUCUUCCCAAUCAGCUGCUAUUACCCAGUCUCCAUCUCAGCCAGGAUCCCAACCUAAGCUUGGCCCACCUCAGCAGGGAGCCCAGCCACCACAUCAGGUCCAGAUGCCCUUGUAUAACUUUCCCCAAUCACCACCAGCGCAGUAUUCUCCCAUGCAUAAUAUGGGAUUGUUGCCAAUGCACCCCCUCCAGAUCCCCACCCCCUCAUGGCCUAUUCAUGGCCCAGUGAUCCACUCUGCACCAGGCAGUGCCCCCAGCAAUAUUGGCCUGAAUGAUCCCAGCAUAAUCUUUGCACAGCCUGCUGCCAGACCCGUGGCAAUCCCUAGUUCCUCUCAUGAUGGACACUGGCCUCGAACUGUGGCUCCAAAUUCCCUGGUGAACAAUGGUGCAGUGGGGAAUUCAGAGCCACGCUUUCGAGGACUGAACCCUCCAAUUCCUUGGGAACAUGCACCACGUCCUCAUUUUCCCCUCGUCCCAGCUUCGUGGCCUUAUGGUUUGCAUCAGAACUUCAUGCAUCAGGGAAAUGCAAGAUUUCAGCCCAACAAACCUUUCUAUACUCAAGCUGGUCUACCGAUGCACAACCAACAGCCAAUCCUGCUGUCUCAAGGGUAUCCGUACCUCAAUGUCAGUUACAUUCAGCAGAAAAAGUGACAUUUAAUGGAAAGCAAAACAAAUCAGGUCCUGAUUUAAAAUUUUAACACGUUUAGAUAGCUUAUUUAAAUCCUAAGACUGUUUUUAAACACUGUAUUAUUUGUAUAUAAAUAUGAACUAUAGUUUUUACUAGUAUCACCAAAUUGAGUGAUACAAAUUUCAUCUAUUUUAUUACCCUAUUUUUAAGGGAAUUUUAUGUUUUGUUUAACCUUGAUGAAAUUGUAUAAAGAGAGAAUUUAAAAAAUGACAUUCUUUAUUUUCUAUUAGCUGUAUUCAUACUUUGGUUGCUUCAGACUUUAUAUAUAUUGUUCUUAAGAAUUAGGAAAGAAUUUCAUGUGUUUUAAAUCUGUCACUUCUAUUCUUUACAGAACCUUGUAGUGCCAAAAACUUUUUAAAAGGUUAAAAAAAAAAACUACAACAUGAAGAUUCAAACUUCUUUCUUUUACAUACUUGUAUAUUGAAUAUAUUCAAACUUGAAUGGAAAAAUGCUUUUGUCUGUAUUUGAAGUUCUAUUUUAAGUUAAUAAAUCUUUUUGACAAGA